UCAACAUUUAACAUUCAAAAUAAUUGUUUUGACUUUUGAAGUGGGCGGCUUUCAUAUUACUAUUUACUUUAUAAUUUAUUGAUAAUAUUUACCUAAUUCAAUUUACAUAGUUUCAAAUAAAAAUAACCGAAAAACAUUCAGAAUAAUGUCGGCCCAAAAUGUCAAUGUGUGUGAUAUAGGGGAUGAUGUAAAAGAAAAGCUAAAAAAAUUUCGUUUUCAAAAGCAUACAUCCAAUAGUGCUUUGAUCUUGAAGGUGAACCGUGAAAAGCAGGCUUUGGAAGUAGAUGAGGAGCUGGACAGUAUUGAGUUAGAAGAACUGCAGGAUAUCCUGCCUUCACAUCAGCCACGGUUUAUUGUGUACAGUUAUAGAAUGGAGCACAGCGAUGGACGAAUAUCAUUUCCUAUGUGUUUUAUAUUCUAUACCCCUCGAGACGCCCACAUGGAACUUCAGGUGAUGUAUGCAGGUACUCAACGAGCUCUGGCUGCGGCCGUGGGUGCCCCGAGACUCCUCGAGGUGAGAGAGAUAGAUGAACUGACCAAUGAGUGGCUUCAUGAAAAGCUGCAACGGUAAUGUAAGAUAUACAACAGUAAUCAUUAACAGUUGAGUUUAUGGUUGACCAAUAUGUAUAAAAUAAUAUACAUACAUUUUUAAAAUAUUUAUCAAGUCGUAAGUAGUGUAUUACUUUCAUCAAAUUUGAAGUCAACAAAUUUAAAAAUGUUUAGAUUACACUUCCUCAUUCUUUAAGUUUUUUUAAUUUAUAUAUUCAAGAUAGAAAUAAGAAAAGAAAUACGAAUUAUUUUAUGAGAACCAAAGCUGAAGUCUGAAGAGAUAUUAUUUAAAUGAAAUAGGACACUGCAACAGUUAUCAUAUUACAAAAUAUAUGUACAGUACUCAAAAUUUGUGUACCAUUGGGAUUCAAGAAAUACAACCAAUCUUUAAGUGAAUUGGUGUAGAAAUUUAUUUUUUUAGAUUUGUAGCAAAGUAUGUAUGUUUUUUGUCAUAUCCUAUAGACUUGCCAAUUUAAGACUUUUAUUUUAUAUAUGUAAACGACGCAUUGGUUCUUUAGUUGAUGGAGACUAGAGAUUCCAACUAUUGUUAGUUACAUCAAAGACAUUCCAUAUAAAAUAUAGUUUACAUGCCUUUGCUAAAAAUAUAAUGUAAAGUUUGAUAUCAAAUAUAUUGUAACUUUUGUGAUGUGUGGCAUUUUAAUGUAUUAACGUAAGCAAUU